UAGGCACCGUCACCUGGCGCUGCGGCGGGGGCGGGGCGCGGCGCUGUGUCUGCGGCAGCCCCGGGGCGCUGCUCGGCCGCUUAAAGCACCGGAGCCGCCGGCCGGGAGGGGCGUUCGGAGCAGUGGCGGCCGCAGAGCGAGGGGAAGGCAUGGAGGGCAAGGAGCUGACGGUGGGGUCCGCGGGGGAUGAGGGCUCCAAGGAUGCGCUGGGCAAGCCGCUGGGUCCCACGCCGAGCCAGAGCCGCUUCCAGGUGGACCUGGUGGCCGAGGGGCCCCGCAAGUCGUGCGGGGACAUCGGCGCGGCGGGUAAGGGAGGCGAGGAAGCCAAGGGCAGGUUUCGGGUGAACUUCGUGGACCCGUCGGCCGGCGGCGAGAGCCCCGGCGAGCCCGGGGGAGGCAGCUCGGAGGGCGGCAACGUGAGCGGCGUCCAGAACGGCGGCGACACGGUGAUGAGCGAGGGCAGCCUGCACUCGGGCGGGCACCACCACUACUACUAUGAUACCCAUACCAACACCUACUACCUGCGCACCUUCGGCCACAACACCAUGGACGCCGUGCCCCGCAUCGACCACUACCGACACACGGCCGCUGACCUGGGCGAGAAGCUGCUCCGGCCCAGCCUGGCCGAGCUGCACGAUGAACUGGAUAAGGAGCCUUUUGAAGAUGGCUAUGCCAAUGGUGAGGAAGGCACACCAGCUGGGGAUGCAGCUGCUGCUUACACACCUGACAGUAAAGGGGUGGUCAAGUUUGGCUGGAUAAAAGGUGUGCUGGUACGAUGUAUGUUAAAUAUUUGGGGUGUGAUGCUCUUCAUCAGGCUAUCAUGGAUUGUAGGACAAGCUGGGAUAGGUCUCUCUGUCUUGGUUAUUGGAAUGGCCACUGUUGUGACAACUAUUACAGGACUGUCUACUUCAGCAAUAGCCACAAAUGGGUUUGUAAGAGGAGGAGGAGCAUAUUACUUAAUUUCCAGAAGUCUGGGGCCAGAGUUUGGUGGUGCCAUAGGACUUAUUUUUGCAUUUGCCAAUGCUGUGGCAGUGGCAAUGUAUGUUGUUGGUUUUGCUGAGACUGUUGUCGAGUUACUCAAGGAAAAUGGAACGUUGAUGAUCGAUGAAAUGAAUGAUAUCAGAAUCAUAGGAGCUAUCACAGUGGUUAUACUGCUGGGCAUUUCCAUUGCGGGAAUGGAGUGGGAAGCAAAAGCACAGAUAGUCCUGCUGGUGAUCCUCAUACUUGCUAUUGGAGACUUUGUCAUAGGAACAUUUAUUCCUCUGGAGAGCAAGAAGCCCAAAGGUUUCUUUGGUUAUAAUGCCGACAUAUUCAUGGAAAAUUUUGGGCCGGAUUUCCGACAAGAGGAAACUUUCUUUUCUGUGUUUGCUAUUUUCUUCCCUGCUGCAACUGGCAUACUUGCUGGUGCAAAUAUCUCGGGGGACCUUGCAGAUCCACAGUCUGCCAUACCUAAAGGAACGCUGUUGGCCAUCCUAAUCACUACAAUGGUUUACGUAGGAAUUGCAGUAUCUGUAGGUUCUUGUGUAGUUCGAGAUGCCACAGGGAAUGUUAAUGACACCAUUAUCACCGAGCUGGCAAACUGCACUACUGCAGCCUGCAAACUAAACUAUGACUUCUCAUCCUGUCAGACAGGGGCAGGGUGUCACUAUGGGCUGAUGAACAAUUUCCAGGUCAUGAGCAUGGUAUCAGGAUUUGCACCACUGAUUUCUGCAGGUAUUUUCUCAGCCACCCUGUCAUCUGCAUUAGCAUCUCUUGUGAGUGCCCCUAAGAUCUUCCAGGCUUUGUGUAAAGACAACAUUUAUCCAGGAUUUCAGAUGUUUGCUAAAGGCUAUGGGAAGAACAAUGAACCACUGAGAGGAUACAUUCUAACAUUUUUAAUUGCUCUUGGAUUCAUACUGAUCGCUGAACUGAAUGUCAUUGCUCCAAUUAUUUCUAAUUUCUUCUUGGCCUCAUAUGCCUUGAUUAACUUCUCUGUAUUCCAUGCUUCUCUUGCAAAAUCUCCAGGUUGGCGGCCUGCUUUCAAAUACUACAAUAUGUGGAUUUCUCUCAUUGGAGCUAUUCUGUGCUGCAUUGUAAUGUUUGUUAUUAACUGGUGGGCAGCACUUCUAACCUAUGUAAUAGUCCUUGGGCUUUACAUCUAUGUCACUUACAAGAAACCAGAUGUGAACUGGGGAUCCUCAACUCAAGCCUUGACUUACCUGAAUGCUCUGCAGCAUUCCAUUCGGCUCUCAGGAGUGGAAGAUCACGUGAAAAACUUCAGACCUCAGUGCUUAAUUAUGACAGGUGCUCCAAAUGCACGUCCAGCUUUGCUUCACCUUGUCCAUGCUUUUACCAAGAAUGUGGGCUUGAUGAUCUGUGGCCAUGUACAUAUGGGUCCUCGGAGGCAAGCCAUGAAGGAACUGUCAACUGAUUUGGCUAAAUAUCAGCGGUGGCUAAUUAAAAACAAGAUGAAAGCUUUCUAUGCACCAGUGCAUGCAGAGGACUUGAGGGAUGGAGGACAAUACUUAAUGCAGGCUGCUGGUUUGGGUAGAAUGAGACCUAACACCCUUGUCGUUGGAUUUAAGAAAAACUGGAGACAGGGUGAUAUGAGAGAUGUUGAAACCUACAUCAAUUUAUUCCAUGAUGCCUUUGAUGUUCAGUAUGGUGUAGUUGUCAUUCGCCUCAAGGAGGGCCUGGACAUUUCUCACCUUCAGGGCCAAGAUUUGCUGUCAUCCCAAGAGAAGUCUCCCUGCGCCAAGGAUGUCAUAGUAAAAGUGGAUUAUAGCAAGAAGUCUGAGACAGACACUUCCAUAGCUUUUGCUCCAUCGUCCAGUGAAAGAACUCCCACUCCACGCAAAGAGGAGGAUGAGGAUGGAAAGACUCCAACACAACCACUGUUGAAUAAAGAUUCAAAGAGCUCAUCCUCUCCUUUAAAUGUGGCUGACCAAAGACUUCUUGAUGCCAGUUCUCAGUUCCAGAAGAAACAAGGCAAGAGCAAUAUUGACGUCUGGUGGCUCUUUGAUGAUGGAGGCUUGACACUGUUGAUUCCUUACCUUAUCACAACCAAGAAGAAGUGGAAGGACUGCAAGAUCAGGGUGUUCAUUGGUGGAAAAAUCAACAGGAUUGAUCAUGACAGAAGAGCGAUGGCCACUUUGCUCAGCAAAUUUCGGAUAGACUUCUCAGACAUUAUGGUCCUUGGGGAUAUUAAUACUAAGCCAAAGAAAGAAAAUAUUGCAGCUUUUGAGGAAAUGAUAGAGCCCUUCCGACUUCAUGAGGAUGAUAAGGAACAGGAAGUUGCAGAUAAAAUGAAGGAGGAUGAACCAUGGAGGAUAACAGAUAAUGAGCUUGAGCUUUACAAAACAAAGACUUACCGACAGAUCAGGUUAAACGAGUUGCUGAAAGAACAUUCAAGUACAGCUAACAUAAUUGUCAUGAGCUUGCCAGUGGCACGGAAAGGGGCAGUUUCCAGUGCACUGUACAUGGCCUGGCUGGAAGUUCUCUCUAAAGAUCUGCCACCAAUCCUCCUCGUUCGUGGGAAUCAUCAGAGUGUCCUCACCUUCUACUCCUAAGAGUGCUGCAGGUGGCACAGCUGGGAUGAAAUGGUACUGCAGUGCCCAGGGGAGAGUGACUGCCGUGGUCUACAGCUCAUUAACAUCACAAAGGCAAAAAGUGACUCUUCUUUCACUAUUUCACUGACUUGAAAGCACACAAGGAAAGUCACUGUAUUUCUAAAGUUGUGACAUCUUCAGUUUUAUUCUAUAUUUUCUGUAAUUUAAUCUUGCUUAAUGGGGGAGGAUUCCUUGUUAGACUGAAGAACAAGACGAGCUUUUUGUUUGCUAUUUGAAUAGCAGCAAUAAAAUGUUGUAUUUUUGAUCAAUGAAAGGAUUAUAGAUUUAUAAAAGCCUUUUAGCCUUGAGGUGCCUUCUGAAAUUAACCAAAUCUCACCCAUACAUCCUAUUUUGUAAAUUUAUAUAGAAUGUCAAAAUCUGCCUUCAACUAAGAGUUUCGAUCAGACUUCCUUUAGUUUUUAGUCUAUUCCAUAUUACAAUAAAAAUGAAUGCUGCUUUUCAGUCUUCCAUUGAGCUAUUAGUUCUUAGUACUGUAUGUUUUCUAUCGUCAGAAAGUUUUUUGGUUUUUUAAUUUUUUGGUUUUUUUGUUUUUUUUUUUAAUUAUUAUAUCUGUUAGAUUUGAAGGUGAGAAUUGGGGCAGGUCAACUGAACUAAAGCAAAUCCCUGAUGUUACUGCCACUAAGUUUUGUGACAGUUAAAGUAAAACUAAUUCUGCUUGUAGAGAGGGUCCUUUUUCUCAAAUUUGACAGUGUGUACUACUUUGGCAGUAGUCUGAGACAGACAGCUGAUUUUAUCUACCUUGGCAGAGGGUAGUUUCCUCUUAGUCUUAGCUCUGCUUGAAAUCAAACUCAUCUUGCUGGUUGAGGCUUCUUAUCUUAAUACAAAUAGGAAGCAAAUAAAAGACCUGUCCUACUUCUUGGCCUCUUAUGUUUUAGUGUCACUUUCAACUUAUUUUUGACAUAAAACUCAACUUAAGGCUUGAAUGGGGAUAAUAUAAGCAAUGUGAUGCUAUCUAACAGAAAACAGUAAACACUAUGUGGAAUUGUGCUAUCCAGUAUGAAAUGUAAAAGCUGCAGUUCUCUCGCAUUUUUCAACAAAUGGUUAAACGGACCACUAAGUUCUUAGGAGAGAUGUUUUUAGGUCAAUUCAUUCAGUUGUCAGAAAAUGGAUUUAGUCUUAUUAAAUGAUACUCAGGUUUUAUCGUCUAGCAGUUUUGAUCUAUUCCAUACAUCCUACUUUAUACAUUUUCUAUGUUCAAUAAAGAAACUGCCAGUC